CUCACUUAACUCUCUCUCUCUCUCUCUACAAUGCUAACCACAGUAGCAUCCCAGCGCACAAUAUCACUCUGGCGCUCGCGCCUCGGUUCGGGGCUACGGACAGCGCUAGCGUGCGCCCUGGUGGCAUGCGCCAUGCUCUACGGUCCAGAUCCAUUCUGUCGCCUGCUGACUUACCCAGCACUCUCCUACGUGGCAGCCAUCCUCAUCGUGAGCGACGCCACGCUCGGUGAGGCCGUGCGCGGCGCAACCUUCGCGGCGUACGGUACCGUGCAGGGCGUGUGUCCCGCUAUCCUGAGCCUGUGGGUGAUCGGCCCCGCUCGCUUCUCCAUCACCACCACGACAUUCGCCGUAGCUCUCAGCGCGUUCGUGGUGGCGCUGCCCGGCUCCACUCACAUCGUCACGAAGCGAAUCGCGCUCGUGCAGAUCGUGCUCGUCUACGUCGGCGCUUUCAUGCAAGGGGUGCGCACGGAUGCUAUCAUGCACCCAGUCCACGUGGCGAUCAGCGCUGGCGUUGGGUGCGUGGCCGCCGUUCUGGCACUGAUACUUCCCUACCCAAGACUGGGAUAUUACGAGGUAAAAGAGAAGAGCAAGCUCUACGCCGAACUCGCCUCCAAGAAACUGAAGUUCUUCACAAAUGCAUUUUGCGCGGAAAACAAAAAUUCAGCGAUUGCUUCGAUCUCUCAAGCGAAAUCCUUAGAUAAAAACACAAAGAAGCUUCUCCAAAAGAUAAAGAUUAAGCAAGAAACAAUACAGUGGGAGAGGCCCACAUUCAAAUUCUCACCGGCCCAUUUCAGAUCACCGUCCGAUCGAUUACAAACGUUAGAGACGCCAUUGAAAGGGAUGGAAAUUGCCCUGUUGUCGUGCCCCACUUUUCCGAUCAAAUCCGCAGAUCAACGGCUCAAAGAUCAUUUGAUUAGCAUAACCGAAGAAAUAAUCCAAACAAUGAAGCAAUUGGACUACUCUCAACGAUUUGAUUCAUCAACAGCACCCGAAACAGCGAAAGAAUUUCCAGAUAAAACCAUCCAACCCCCACAAAUUGCAUUUCCAACACUCCAAGAUCUUCCAUCUCACUUCUUCUUGUUUUGCAUGAAACUCCUCCACGACGAAUACAUAGCUUCCCGAUCAGUGGAAAAUAACACAACCCCAGAUGAAGAAACCGCCAUUUCGGACAAACAAGAACCUGUGAUCAUGAAAAAGAAAUUGAGCAUUUGGGUCAUGAGAAUAAGCGGCGAAAGAUUCAUAGCCGCAUUCAAAUGCUCGAUUGUAUUAGGCCUUUCGGUGUUCUUUGGAAUACUCUUCAGUAAAAACAACAGCUACUGGGCCGGCCUUACAGUGGCGAUCAGCCUCACACCAUUCAGAGAGGCAACAUUCAAUGGGGCCAACAUCAGGGCUCAAGGGACUGUGAUUGGAUCCAUUUAUGGGAUCUUGGGCUGCUUCAUUUCACAAAAAUACAUGGAACUUAGGAUAUUAGUCCUCCUCCCUUGGAUUAUAUUCACUAGUUUCCUGAAGGACAGCAAGAUGUAUGGCCAGGCAGGCGGAAUAUCGGCAACCGUGGCGGCGAUCGUCAUCUUGGGUAGGAAGGACUUAGGUGAUCCGAAUGAAUUCGCCAUUGCACGAAUCACGGAAACCUUCAUCGGCGUAUCAUGUUCGAUCUUCAUCGAGCUUCUCAUACAGCCGGUAAGAGCAUCAACCCUGGCAAAAACCAGGCUCUCCGAGAGCAUUGGUGCAGUCCAUGAGUGCGUUGGAUCGAUGGUUUUUGGUACACACGCGAACAAGUCUUCGGCAAACUUGGAAGAGCUGAAAGCGAAGGAGAAGAAGCUGAGAGGACAUGUCAAUGCACUAGGAAAAAUCAUUGAAGAAGGUGAGAUAGAGCCCAGCUUUUGGUUUGUGCCAUUCCCAAGCACUUGUUACAGAAGGCUGUUGGGGUCAUUAUCCAAGAUGGCAGACCUUUUGGUGUUUGGGGCCCAUGCCAUGGAAUUCCUAGUACAUGGAUGCCAUUGUUUUGGUGGGGAAUCUUGGAAUGACAUGCAAGAGCAUGUGAAUGGAGAUUUGGAGCAUUUCAAAAAGGUGGUGUGCACUCCAAUGAAAUGCUUUGAGGAGAUAUGUAGAAUGAAAUCUCUAGCAAUGUUAGAAAAGGAAUAUGAAAAGGCUAAGAACAAGGAAAUGGACAUGGACAAGGACAAGGACAAGGAGAUGUGUGAGGACAUUGAGAUUGGGAAAACACCCAAAAAUGCAAAUGGGUCUUGGAAUUUGAGUGGUGAGGAUGAAGAGAUAGAGAAGGAUUUGGAUUCUUUUCUUGGGAAUGCAAAGGAGAAUUUGGAGAGAGUUGGUGGAGGUGAAGGAGAGGAAGAGAUGAAGAGGGGUUUGGUGCUUUGCAUGGGUGCAAUGGGAUUUUGCAUGGAGGGUUUGAUGAGAGAAACAACAGAGAUAGAGAAGGGAGUGAGAGAGCUAGUGCAGUGGGAGAAUCCCACAUGCCAUGUGAACUUGCAUGAAAUUUAUUGUAAGUUGAAUAAUGCAUGUACAUGAACAUUUGGUGCACUCGU